AUGAAAGGCAAAUUUCUCAGGGCGUGCCUAAACAAGUGGCAAAAGAAGGCUAAUAGAGUCAUACCUUCUGCAGCAUGUGACAACUGCUGCCAAGGGGAUUUGUGGCUUUCCAUGCAUGAUGAAAAAUCCAUUCCAAGAGAUGUCCCAAAAGGUCACUUGGUAGUCUAUGUGGGUGAAAAGUACAAAAGAUUUGUAAUUAAGAUCACACUACUCGAGCAUCCACUCUUUGAGGCACUGCUGGAUAGCGCCAAAGACGAAUAUGAUUUCACUUCUGGCUCAAAACUGUGUAUCCCUUGUGAUGAGAACAUCUUCCUCAGUGUUGUUCGAUGUGCCAAGUCUCCCCAGUGUCAAAGAAUAUCUUUGUGCCUCUGA